AUGCGUUUCUCAACACUUAUUUCAUCAGCGGCGCUGAUGUUCCAGGCUGUCUCGGCUGCUUCUGAGGAGUACAAGGAUGCCGACACAGGAAUCACCUUCCAGCAAUUCGUCGACAAGACCAGCAAGUUCUCUUUCGGUAUUGCUAUGCCAGAGACCCCCAGCACCGAUUUUAUUGGUCAAAUCAUUGCUCCCAUUUCUGAGGGAUAUGCUUCCGUUGGUAUGGGCUCUACCAUGAGCAAGAAGCUUCUCAUCGUUGCUUGGCCCAACGACGGCAAGGUCCUUAGCUCUGUUCGUCAAGCUUCCGGAUACACAAACCCUGAUGUUUUGGAUGACGAUACCGUUAAGAUCAAACCCAUCGAGAAGGGUGUCAAGGUUGGCGCUGACUCUUUCACCUUCACUUUCCUCUGUGAGGGAUGUAUCAAGUCCGACGGCACUACCUUCAAGGCCUCUGACGCCAACGCUGUCAUGGCUUUCGCUUUCAGCACUACUGCUCUCGACGAUCCUACCGAUGCUAGCGGUGCUCUCAACUACCACGGUGCUGGCUUUGGUGGUUUCUCCGUUGAUGCUGGUUCUUCUCAGUCUGCCGACUACGAGACCUGGGCUGCUAUGGCUUCUGAUGGCUCUGCUACUCCUGGCUCCGGCUCCGGCUCCGAUGGCACUGUCCCUUCUACCGGUAACUUCACCACUGUGGUCUCCAACAUGACUUACGACUACAUCGUGGUCGGUGGUGGUGCCUCCGGACUGAUCGUCGCUGAGCGUCUUCUCGAGUCACAGAAGUCCGUUCUUCUCCUUGAGCGUGGCAAGGCCUCUUUUUACUCUACUGGUGGUAAGGCUGUCAUGGACUGGAAUGAUACAACUACUCAGUAUGAUGUGCCGGCCAUGGCAUAUCACCUUACAAAUAGUGCAAUCGACACCUCUGAGUACUGUACUGACACCGCGAGCAUGGCUGGAUGCAUUCUUGGUGGCGGAACAAGUGUCAAUGCCAUGAUGUUCGUUCGUCCUCAGCCUGCUGACUUUGAUGAUAAGUGGCCUGCCGGCUGGAAGUACAACGACGUUGAGGCCGCCGCCUCCAGACUCUGGGAGCGCACACCCGGUACCCUAAGCCCCACGAAGGACGGUAAAUUGGUCGACCAGUCUGCCUACACUAUUCUGAGCCAGUUCUUCUCUGGAAACGGCUUCAGCCAAGUUGAUGCCAUCGCUCAGCCCGAGAAGAAGAAGGCUGUGUUCACUCACCCCCCUAUGAUGAUCACCGAUGGUCAGCGUGCUGGCCCUGUCCGUGACUAUCUCCCUCUUGCCCAGGCCAACCCCAACUUCAAACUCAUGCUCGAAAGCAAGGUCAUGCGAGUUGUGCGUGAGGGCAAGGAGAUCACUGGUGUCGAGAUCCAGUCUGGCCCUUCUACCCGCCAGAUUAUCAAGGUCAAGACCGGCGGUGCUGUUGUUCUUGCUGCUGGUGCCCUCUCUACCCCUCGUCUUCUCGUCAACUCUGGUAUUGGUCCUGCCAAGCAGAUUGAGACUGUUGCCAGCGGCAGCCAGCGCCUUACCAUGCCUCCUAAGGACCAAUGGAUCAACCUUCCCGUUGGCGAGAACCUCAAGGACCACCCUAUCUUCACCGUCAAGGUCAAGACCAAGUCACCUAUGACUGCUCUCCCCGACACUGCAUUCACCGCGCCUAGCCAGGAGGACGUUGAUCUCUACGCUCAGGGUACCGGUCUUCUUGCCCAGUCUGGUCAGCGAUUCAUCUUCUGGGACAGUGUCAAGGGUUCUGACGGUGUCGAGCGAUACGUUCAGGGCACUUGCGCUCCUGCUGGCAAUGAUGCUCUUAAGCUCAAGGUCUACCUCACCCACGGUUCUACCUCCAGCGGUGCUCUCGAGGUUACAAGCUCUGGUGCUACCAAGUUGAUUGGCGAGCCUUACCUGAACGACGCCGCUGACAAGGAGGCCGUCAAGUCUUUCAUGCAGAAGCUCAUUGACAUGACUUCCAAGCCCAACAGCACCAUUAGCAUCGCCGGUAACGCUACUGCCGAGAGCCUUAUGGCUGAGUAUGUUAGCGGCUCCCACUUUGUCGGUUCUGCCAUCAUGGGUACUGAGAACGACGGAUCCAGCGUUGUCGACACUGACACCAAGGUCUGGGGCACCGAUAACCUCUACGUUGUCGAUGCAAGCAUCCACAGAGAUCUUCCCACAGGCAACACCCAGGCCAUUGUCAUGGUCGUUGCUGAGCACGCUGCCUCCAAGAUCCUCAACGGUGGAAGUGGUUCGUCAAGCCCUGUUGUCCCUCCCACCACCGGCGGCGACAACAGCAGCAGCCCUGUUGAGACUCCUACUACCCCUAACGAGCCUGUUGAGACUCCCGUCAAGAAGCCCGGCUCCAAGUGCCGACGAUCUCUGCGCCAGCGCCAGCGUCGCCGUAUGCAGCGUCGCUCUUAA